UGGGCUGCAACCCAGACUGCCGAUGUACGCCUUUCUAUUCCAGAUCCAGUUGGUUUGGGCCUGACGAAGGCUUGGGGUCCUAACCCACAAUGGACAAUUUGGCACGAGCAAUGGUUGUUGGGCGAGGCUGUAUCCACCGCUUUGACUAUAUUCGUCCGCAUUCCGGACCAGGUAGAGGAACGCACCCCCUACAUCAUCUACAAGGUGUUUUAA